AUUUCCGGCCUGUGUGGCGCGUCGCGCCCGACGCGGCGGUUGUCAAGACUCCGAGGUAACGCGUCUGGCCGGCUGCGCCUCCGGGGGCCGGCGCCUCGGUGAGCUGCGCCGGAGCCCCGGGGAGGCGCGGCGGGCGGCAUCCGCGUGGGGCCUGUGCUGCGGCCGUCCGGCCUGCUCCUGCUGGCUCCCGGCGCUGUUCUUGGACGAACGUUUCCGCGGCCCAGCGCGCCCGGGAGCUCUGUUCCAAGCGCUUCUCAAAGAUGCUUCUCACAAGUUCAGGCGAUCAGCGCUGUCAUGUAGACGCCACCCCAACCCCGCCUCUGCCUUUUUUUGUGACAGCCAAGAAGAAAAUGCACCCGCGUUUCCAGGGUUCGCAUCCCACAGUCUGCCCCAGGGGUCGCUCUCUGAAAACCGCUGCAAGCGUCCCGCGCCGUCUCAGGAUGAGCUUCGCAGCCCGACCCAGGAAGUUGCUUCUAUUUGAGUCCGGUGUUCUGUCUUGAUACCGAUCUCAGGAUUUCCUGAAGAAAAGUUGAAGGGGGAAUUAUCAAGAAUAGAUUGGUUUUUUGAAUGGUUAAAUCUAAAAUGUCCACAGCCUUGGCCCUGCAGGCUACAGGGGCUCCACGAGGACUUUUGGAAGUGAGCGUGAAGGAGGAGAAGAACCAUGCCUGUGGUCAAGAAUCUGACAGGUCAAGGAAGACCUUUGAAAGCAGGGAGAUCUUCCGAAGACACUUCAGGGAGUUCUGCUAUCAGGAGACCCCGGGACCCCAGGAGGCGCUGCACCGGCUCCGAGAGCUCUGCCACCAGUGGCUGCGGCCCGAGACCCACAGCAAGGAGCAGAUCCUGGAGCUGCUGGUGCUGGAGCAGUUCCUGGCCAUCCUGCCUGCAGAGCUGCAGGCCUGGGUGCACGCACAGCAUCCAGAGAGCGGGGAUGAGGUGGUGACUGUGCUGGAGGACUUGGAGAGGGAGCUGGACGAGCCAGGAGAGCAGGUCCCAAGUCCUACUUAUGAGCAAGAAGAGGUCGUGAGGCAGAAGGCAACUCAAGGAACAGACCAGCUGUCCCCAUGCAGCCAGUUCCCGUGCUCAGAAGAGCAGCUGCAGUGUCACAUGCUAGAGGCGCGCCCAGUGCAGGAGAGCGGUAGCGAGGCUGGGACUCGGAAUGUUGAGUUCGCACCAGUGGAGGAGAGCUCUAAAGAAAUAAAAUUUCCUGUGGAAGGACCUGGAACUCUCAGCAGUGGUACCACUCAGGUGCCUGAAUGCGGAGAUGCCUGUGGCCCAGAGGGCAGACUGGGCAGGCACCGGGUAAGCUCCUCAGCAGCGGAGAGGCCUCACGUCUGCAGGGAGUGUGGGAAAAGCUUCACGCAGAACUCCAUUCUCGUGGAGCACCAGAGGCGGCAUACGGGUGAGAGGCCCUAUGUGUGCGGUGUCUGCGGGCGCGCCUUCAGCCAGCGCUCCGGCCUCUUCCAGCACCAGAGGCUGCAUACUGGGGAGAAGCACUACCAGUGCCGUGUGUGCGGCAAAGCCUUCAGCCAGAACGCCGGGCUGUUCCACCACCUCCGCGUCCACACUGGAGAGAAACCUUUCCAGUGCAGCCAGUGCAGAAAGAGUUUUAGCCGCCGCUCUGUCCUUGUGAAGCAUCAGAGAAUUCACACUGGAGAGAGACCUUAUCAAUGUGGAGAAUGUGGCAAGAGCUUCUUUUACCACUGCAACCUUGUCCAGCAUCGGAAAAUCCACACUGGAGUUGAGCCUGUGGGCUCCUUGGAGCAGGCAGGGCAAACUCUCUGAGCCCAGACCCCAAGGCAAGGUCGCAAGGGCACGGUUUCUUGCUUGGCCCCUGAGAGAACAAUCAUAAUUUCAGGUAGUGAGGCUGAAUAGAAAACUACAGGGAAUACCAGGAGAAAUUCCUUUAAUUUUAGGCUAAAAGAAAGCAUAAUUAAAUGCAUCUGUCAAGGUCUCCAUGUCAAUGACAGCCACAGCUUUGCAAUGGCAAAUCUUAGUUCUUCAUCAUAAUACAUGCUUCGAUCUACACACAUGUGCAAGAAGUUUCUGGAUUCAGGAACACUACAUCUUUCUAAUUUUUAAAAAAAAAGUUUAAAAACAUAUGCAACCUGAGUUCAAAAUCAUAUCAAAGGUAAUUUACUGAGUAUUACAAAUUAAUUUUAAAAUCACAGUAAAAUUUACAUGAGCUGACUUUUUUUCCAUGUACAUAUAAUUUGCAUUUUAACCUACAGAAGGAGGCACAUGGUGCCUCCCAUGCAAAUGUAUAAAACCUCUCCUUGUUGAUUUCUACUCAGCCUUCAGUCAGGAACGAGGACAUGGAGCAGCCUCAUUACUGGCAGCUCCCUGACUGCUCGCAGGCAGCAGUGAUGGGAAGACAGAUCUGCACAGCGACCAGGAUACUUCACUAAAAAUAGGCUAUUGCAGAUCGUUAUUUUAAAAACUUUAGUUUCCUUGCAUUUUUCCUGUAACAUAAUAAAAAUGGUUAGUUUUUGCCUUUUGCUUUCUUUUUUCUUUUCUUUUUUUUUUUUUUAAACCGGUACCAGGGAUCGAACUCACGACCAUGCGCUUGCAAGACAGGCGCUUAUCACGACUUCCGGGAGAACAUGGCGGACAGAUAACAGCAACUACCGGAGGCUCUCUGAAAGACUCGGCUCAGAAGCCAGGAAUGGUGCGGACUAAGGAGACAUAAGCAGGUGGAGAUAUGCUCUGCUGACUCAGGAACGAACUGGGCUGAGAGAAGCCAACUUGGAAUGCAGUCCUGGUGCUAAAACAGGAACAGAAAAGCCUCGGUGUGGAGGCUGGACCCCACGCCAUUGUAAGCCGCGAUUUGGGUUUCCCGCCGCACGGCGGCUGGCUGCCUCUACAGUGGCUCGGCAAGGAGAGAGACGCGCAGAAGCUCUGAGAACGGCAAUCUGCGAACGGCAGGGAGGCGUGCACUGACUUGUGGUGAGGUGAGUGAGAGAAACUGACACUCUACCACAGUUUGACUCCAGCAGAGGACUUUCUGGGCCCGAGCAGUCCUGCGGGAGCAGGGCGCUGUGGCGACUCCAGCCACACAUCCCCCUCUCGGGCGGGAUUGGUGAAAAGUGCCUGGCCUGUGUGACGCUGCCAGCGGACCUGGUAGGCUGUCCCAACCCAGAUCCCAGAGCCUGACGGUGGCCGGGAGGGGAGACGCGUAGGCUGCCUGGUCCGUAACUCCCUGGUGCGCAGUGGUGAGCGGGAACACCUAACUGGCGCAAUUCGAUCAGGCUGUGGCUGACUGGGAGAGAAGCUGGGCCUCUUAUAUAAGCUUGCAUAUAUAAGGAACAGAGAAGAAGAGGCAGCAUGGGAAAAGGCAGCAACAAGAAAGGCUCCUCGGCCCCCAAUUCUGAGAAACAGGCAAUAGCAGACACCUUACCAAUAUACAUAAGGCACCAUAUAGAGAGCCUCAGACCAAUUCAGGAAUGAAGUUAUCAACGACCUGAAGCUAGAAGUAGGCAGAAUAAUUAGAGAAAUGCUAAGUACCACCCAAGAAAAAACAGGUGGUGGAAUGGAAGAACAGAAAAAAAGGGGAGAAUUGUUUGAUGGAGAAAACAGAGAAAGCAUAGAAUACAUGAAGCAGGUUCAAAGGCACUACCAAGAUACUAAGAAGUCUAUAGAAGACUGGCAUAACAGCUUGAAAGAAACUAAGGACAGACUAUCUGAACUGGAGGGCAGACUUGUAAUAUGGGAGAAUGAAAUGAAAAACUUCUUAAAAAUAACAAAGAAACAAACAGCAAUAAUACAAAGACAAGAAGAUGAUAAGAGGAUCCAUAACUUAAGGAUUAAGAACAUAAAAGAAGAAGUAGGGACACAAACAAGUGAACUACAAAAGCUACUCACAGAAAUAAUCCAGGAGAAUUUUCCUAAUUUAGCAAAAGGUAAAGAUACUCAGAUGUAUGAGGCAUACAGGACCCCAGCUACCUACAACCCAAACAGAGCAACACCCAGGCAUAUAAUAAUAAAAAUUCCAGAAAUUCAAUACAAGAACAGAAUAUUAAAAGCUGUAAGAGACAAGAAACAGACCACUUACAAGGGAACACCCAUCAGAAUUACAGCAGAUUUCUCUGCACAAACCAUCAAAUCACGAAGAGCGUGGGGGGAAAUAAUUCAAGCUUUGAAAGAUAAUAAUCUCCAGCCAAGAUUGAGAUAUCCUGCACAACUGUCCCUGGAAAUUGAUGGAAAAACAAGGUGCUUCCAGGAUAAAGAGGAACUGGGGGAAUUUGCAACCACCAAUUCAACUCUAAAGAGAGUAUUGCAGGAUAUUCUAAAAAAAGAAAAAUACAAAGAAUCCAGAAAUAAUAGCAGAGAGGCCACAACGAAUGGAGCAGAGAACAAAAUGAAGAAGACAAACUGAUAGCUACUGACAGAAAAAGAGCUCAACAGAAAUGAGGCAGAGAAGAUUGGAUGAUAGGAACAGCUUUUUUGUGGAGAAAAUGACAUCUUAAUAGGUAAUACUGAUUUAGUAUCAUCUUGUUUUGAAGUCUCAUCUAGCUUUUGUCCUUCUGUCUCCAAUGGUCUAAAUAGGCUGUAUCUUAUUGGAUUUUAUUAUGUACGAUAGUAUAAGCAAAAACCUUUUAAAGACAAGGAGAUUAUACAGAAACCAUUGUUCAUUUUCUGUUAGUCGAUUCUAAAUACUCUGUAAUGCUGUCAUUCUCUUGAAUGGUUUUACAUUGUUUUGAUAUACUUAAUGCUACAGUAUACGAAGUUGUACUCAAGGAUUUCAAAGAAAGACAAUAUGGUAACUACUUUUAGGUUAGGAUUAUCUGGUGGUGAAACACUAUUCUGCUUAAAUGGUUAUGUUUUGAUCUGCGCUGUUUUGUUGUUAUGCCCUCUUUUAUCUCAAUCUCCACUCCAUUAUUUACUUUUUUAUCUUUAUCCUUUUAAUUAAAGGAAAAAAAUAGCAGGAUAUAUUAUAGUAACCCACUUUGACUUUUCAUUACCUUGAUUUAAAGCCCUGUAUUACUCUCACCAUCUGGUUUUUAACUGAUGUUCCCCUAUUCUGUUUUGUUGGAUAGUAUCAGGUUCGAAAGUUUAGGCAUCAGCUGUAAAGAUAAUGAGAUUCAUUAUGACGCCCAUUCUUGUUGACUUUUAUCUACUUUUGAAGACCUACAAUGUCUCCAAUGUUUUGGUUUUGUCGGUUUUAUUCUUUACUGUUUUGUUCAAUUGUAUUAUAACUAACGAUAUAGGCAAUUCUAUUAGAGAUAGCGGGAGGCAUUAUGGUAACCAUUGUUGAUCACCUUGUAUUAUGUUUUUACAUUAUCUAUUAUGUCCACCCUUUUGACUUGACCGAUUCUGUUCUGUUAUGUCACAUUUGGUUUUACUCUCUUCCAAAAAAGUAAUAAGAACUGUGGGAGCAAUGAAACCCAAAAUGUGUAAUAGUCAUGGUACAAAAGAGAGGAAAAGAAAGUGCUCCAAACUAUAUAACUGCAUGUAUAUUUAAGUGUAUAAGAUAGAAAAUGAUAUCACAGAGUUUUAUUGGAUCAAUGAACAGAACUGUUUGCAGUAUCAUUGAUGGAAUGUCCACUUUACAAGCUUUAAUUUUGUGACUUGAACAAUUAUUUCUAAGAUGACAAGAUGUAAUCCAUUAACUAGUGAUUUCCUACUGUUCAUUUUUUUUUUCUGUAAAUCUGUAUAACUUGUACCCUUUCCCUGCUUUUUUUUUUCUUUUCUCCUUAAAUAAAAUUAAAAAAAAAAAAAAAAAAGACAGGCGCUUAUGCUGCAGAGCUAAAUCCCCAGCACCAGCUUUUUUCUUUUCUUUCUUUUUUGGCAGUGGUCAUAGGGAUGAACUCAGGGCCUGGUGCAUGGUAGGCAGAUAUUGUACCACAAGGCAGUAUCUCCAGCCCACUGUUCAAUCUUUUGUUUCAAAAGUCUCAGCUUUCCAAGAGUAGAGAGAAAAGUGUGGUCCAUCGUGCAUGUUGGUUGCUUCUGUCUGCAGUGCUGGGGGUGAACCCAGUGCUAGAUGAACUACUCUACCACAGAGCUACGUCGCUAGCCUCUUUAACAUCCACAUUUCUUGGAACUCUUUGUUGUUGAUUACCAGCAAGGUCAUACAUACAAAAUUAAAGUUUCUUUCCCUUGCCUUUAACUGUUUAUAAAACUUCUGUGUGUAUUUGCGUACCAGGUAAGUGCUCUAUUGAGCUACACCCCUCUACAUAGAGCUCUACAAAGCUUUAUGCUAGACUCGGGAGACAAUGCAGUGGAAACCGUGUAGUGAUAGCAGUUUUGUUUGUAAGACCAAAUACACAGCAGUUAAGUUAAGGAUGAUAGAAUCUAGCUGGAUGUAGUGGUACCUCCUUAUAAUCCUCGCACUGUGUGAGGCUGAGGCAGGAUGAUCACAAGUUCAGGCCAAAGCUGGGGAAGUUAUUAAGACCCUACCUCAAAACAAAAAAUUGAAAAAGGGUUCCGCAUAUAAUUUGAUGCAAACAGCCUGGAUUUAAUUCUCACUACCUUAAAAGAAAAAAAAAAUCCUAGCAAAAUUACUGAAAGACAAUAAUGAUCACUUCUGCAUGCCCUUAACUGACAGGGAGAGGAAGCUUUGGGAAGUUACUGUCUGAAAUCAUGCAGCCAGUUGAGAGCAGAGGUGGGACUCGAACCUUGCCUCCUAAGUCCUAGGGCCAAGCUCUUUCUGCUGUCAUUGGAAGUGUUAUAUCACCACACAGGUGGUACAAGAACAUGGGACAUAGAAGAUUACAAGUCAUUGAGUUCAACACCUCCCAUUUGUGUUUAAUAAAAGUACACCUCUAAUUUC